AUAACGCAACUUCAUGCUAAAGAAUUGGAAGCUCUGAAACAUAGGUGGAAUGAAGAACGGACGCUAUUAAAAGAAUCUAGUACAAAAACUAAAGCGUAUCAGUUAGCAGAAUUGGAAAUGAACCACAAAGAACUAGAAAAUUCUUGGAAACAAGAAAAAGAAACGUUCAAUAAAAAAUUACGCAUACAAAAAGAUUCUUAUGAAAGAGAAAUAAAAUCUUUACAAAAGGAAAUUGAAAAAUUAAUUUCAAAUAAUAGAAGCUUAGAUGAGGAAUUGCAAUCAGUUACAGCUAAUAAGAAAGCUUUAACUUUAGAAAAGGCUGCUUUGACGAAAGAAAAAAAUGAAUUAUCACAACAAUUAGACAAUUUGCAAAAGGAAUCCAAUCGACACGCCAAGAAAAACACAUCGAUUAAUGAGCUUGAAACACGAUUGAGACGAUUACAAAAAGAGAAAGAAGUUACAUCUGAGCGUGCGACUCAAAAAAUAAAAGAUUUACAAGGCGAACUUCAAACUGAAAAAGAGAAGACAUCAAAAUUAAACAAAGAGAAGAAUGCUAAAGAAUCCCUUGAAUCGGAUAUUCGCGACGAAAAAGAACACAUUAAAGCGCUUGAAGUCGAAAUUCAAAAUAUCACCGAUCAAUUACAAUCUGAACGACGAGAUCACCAAUCUAAAAAUGAACAAUUAUCAAGAUAUGAAGAUGAAUUACAAGCUGUCCAAGAGCAAUGUAAUAGAUUACGGGACGAAAUGGAACAAUUGCAAGAUAAUUUUGGGGUUGAACGAAAUCAAUAUAAAUUACAGCUUCAAAGGAUGGAGGCUUCAAAUAAAAGACGUGUUGGUGGUUCAAUUGAAGAUGGUGAAAUCAAGACAUUAGUGGACGAAAUUUCUAGACUGAAACACGAGUUGUCUAUGAAAAAUAGCCAGCUCCAAAAGCUGCAAGAAUCAGCACAAAAUGAAAUUAACUCUUUGCAGGAAGAAAUUCAGUCGACUCAACAACAACAAUUGGCAUUAAUAGAAAAAAUGCAAGUCAUUAAUUCUAAUAAUAUAGAAAACGGCCAGAGAAAUAUUCCUCCAGAAUAUCAGAAAAUGCUUGAAGAAAAGGAUGCAAAAUAUAGGCACAAAUAUCAAUCUGAGCUAAUUAGCGAACGAAUGCAACAUGUUGAAGAUUGUAAAAUGUUACUUAAUGAAGUACGAUAUCUUAAAGCAAAAUGCUAUCGGGAAUCUAGAUUUCGCGCUGAUUUAUGCUAUCAGAAAAAAUUUUUAUUGGUACUCCUUGGUGGUAUGGAAUCAUGUGAACAGGCAACUUUACUUUUGAUAUCAGACUUGCGUAAUCCUCGCCGUGUUACUUCACCGUUAUUAAACAAAUUCCGCAGUGCCGUUAUCGCAAUACUCGCCAUCCAAAGGAUGAGAGAUAAUGAUAAAAUUAUGAUAUAUUCCAACGAUAUUUCGGAAGUAAUACAUUUACAACCAUUUGUAAGAAUAUAA